AUGGAUUAAUAAUAGGGAAUUCCUGCAGAAUAAAUCAACUAAUUGGUAAAUAAGCAUUUUGAUGAUGCUUUACCAAAAUUCAUAGAGAUACUCAAGAUUCCAAGUCAAUCCAGAUUGUUCGACCCAGAAUACUUGACAAAUGGAUUGUUGUAAAAAACAGCAUAUGAAUUCAGAGACUAUGUGCUAGCAUCAAAUCUAAAGAAUGCCAAAGUAGAACUUUUAGAGGACGAAGGAUAUUCUCCAUUCCUAUUUGUUGAAGUCGACGGAUCUGAUGGUUAAGCUGAUGGUACAAUCUUAUUCUAUGGUCAUAUGGAUAAACAACCACCAUUCAAUGGUUGGAAAGAAGGAUUGGGUGCCUAUGAACCAAAAAUAGUGGAUGAUAAAUUAUAUGCUAGAGGAGGAGCAGAUGAUCAUUAUUCAAUCCUUGGAGCUGUCAUAGCCGUCAGAACAAUCUAAGAAUUGGGCUUGAAACAUCCAAGAAUCGUCAUGACCUUCGAAGCUGAUGAAGAAAGUGGAUCUGUACACAUUGAUCAUUACUUGGCAAAAUUGAAAGAAAGAAUAGGAGCAGUUGAUUUGGUUGUCUGCUUAGAUUCUGGAUGUGGUAACUAUGAAUAAUUAUGGAUUACUACAAGUUUGAGAGGUAUGGUAGGUGCAUGUGUCACUGUUCAAGUUUUAGAUGAAGGAGUUCAUUCAGGUGAUGCAUCAGGUGUCGUACCAUCAUCAUUUAGAAUUUAAAGACUCCUCUUAGAUAGAAUUGAUAAUCCUAAUACUGGAGAAGUCAUUGAUGAAUUCCAAGUCAAUAUUCCAGGAGAAAGAUAUUUACAAGCUUAAAAGGCAGCCGAAGUAUUAGGCAAGACCACUUUAUCCAAAUUCCCAUUCCAUGGCACAACUCAACCAACUACUUAGGAUUAUUUCAAAGCAUAUUUGAAUAGAAUCUGGAAAGCAUAACUCUCAGUUGUAGGAGCUGAUGGAUUACCUCAUGCCAAAACAGCAGGAAAUGUACUCAGACCUGAAACUACAUUGAAAUAUUCAUUAAGAUUGCCACCAACUAAGGAUCCAAAGGAGGCAGAAGCUGCAUUUGUCAAACUUUUAACUACUAAUGUUCCAUAUAAUGCUACAGUCAAAAUCACUGGAUUGGGAUCUGGCUCAGGAUUCAAUGCCCCAUUAAAUUAACCAUAUCUUGAUGAACUCAUCUAAAAUGCUUCCUAAUUGUACUACAAGAAGGAUGUAUAAACCUUAGGUGAAGGAGGUUCAAUUCCACUUAUGAAUACUCUUAAGGAAUAAUAUCCAAAAGCCUAAUUUAUAGUGACUGGAGUUUUGGGACCAAAUUCAAAUGCUCACGGACCAAAUGAGUUCUUGCAUAUUCCUUUUACCAAAAACUUGAUUAGUUGCAUUACCUACAUCGUAACUGGUCUCCAAGUCCAUUUAAAGAAAUGAUAUAUAAUCAAGACAUAUAAUAAUAGGAAAAUUAUUUAAAUAGGA